UUAGUACAAACACGCAAAAAAUGGACGUAAUUGGCAGCUCUUGUGAAGACGCGAGGACUGCAGUGGAGUCGGACGCAGCGCGUGGGGAACGCUUUCCGCUCACUUUGGCGCUAGUGGAAGGCGGAGACGCACGCGCCUGGCUCGCUCCUGCACACGCGGAAUACCUGCCGCACAGCUCGGGCUCCUCGAGCGCGGAGGGCGUGUCUGGUUCGCACUUAAACAAGGGCGCAAGGGUGGGGGGCGCCGUGCGUGUGCGUGAGCUGUGUCGCCUCAAGGGAGCGACGCGGGCGGAUGAGGGCAGGCAGCGCGCUCCGACAAGCAAGCCCGCCAACGUGGUGCAGAAGCAGAGACGCAUAGCGGCGAACGCACGAGAGCGCCGGCGCAUGCACGGUUUGAACCACGCCUUCGACGAGCUGCGCAGCGUCAUCCCCUCCUUCGACAACGAGAAGAAGCUUUCCAAGUACGAGACACUCCAGAUGGCACAGAUCUACAUCAACGCCCUGUCCGACCUGCUGCGCGCUCCCGGUUCAGAAGAUGACGCGCACAAUGGUGACGUGCUGCCGCCCGCUUUCGGAGGUGAGAGAUCACCAACCUCAUUUCCUGUCCAGCUCACCGGUGUGCCGUUCCCUUAUGAGGAAGACGCGUUUAAGUCUGCUUCAGAGUGCAGCAAAGACUCCCCGCGGUCGAGUCGGAGCGAUGGAGAGUUCUCACCACACUCGCACUUCAGCGACUCUGACGAGACCCACGCAGAGCUGCACAGCGAGGACGAGCUGUGUGAACUGAGCCGCCACCGCGCCUUUUAGUAACCGAGAUGUCCGGCAUUUCUUCGUGUCAAUCGUAUUCACCCUAUACUUUUGCAAUAGGUUACCAUUUGAAUUGGUUGUCUUGACAUCGAUUUUAUGACUAUUUAAAAAGUACGCUGUUGUUGUUGCUGUUGUUUUCAGUAACUUUUACGCCAAUAGAAUCUAUUUGCCUUGUCGUGACACUGGCGAGAUUCCCCACGCCACGUCACCUGCCGCGCGCAGCAGUGCCAUGGGCCCGGAUGUCAUGCAAAACUGUCUUCCGAAAAAAGUGACCCAGUUUAUGCAUUUACAAUAAUUUAAUAGGAUAUGAUUUGGGUUGUUAUUAUUGUUUUGUUGGUUUGUUUGUUGUAACUCGAAGAAUUUGAACUUCACUUGCACUUUAAAUAUGGGCCAUAGGCUUGAGAAACACGCUUUGUAAUAGGUCGAGUUUUUUUCUGUUGUUUUUAUGUAGCCUAGUCAUGCCAAUUUGUCAAUGAUAUUUAAUAUAGCCAUUAGAUGUUUUGUACAUUUGUUAAGUUUGAAUAUUCGAUUUGGACACGAGGUUGUUAUUUGUAUUCAACUUUUGCUUUGAGACGGUGUCUAUUAAAGU